GAUUCUUUCAAAAAUUUUACUGAGAAUUGGGAGCAGGCAUAUUGGUCUAUAUCCGUCUGUUUGAGUAUGGUUUUUGUCCGGUUUCUGGAUUGUUAUAAUCUUUGCUGUUCUAAUCUCCUUGAAUUUCACCUUCUUUAUACUCCUUGCCGGAAAUUGACACUUCUUUUUCCUUUAAUGGCAACAUGCGAUUAUUUUCAUUUGUGUCAAAAUGGCCCCCGCCGAAAGCAGCUUCGUGCAAGGUCAACCUCAAUUAAGGAAGCAGGAUCUUUCAAAAUUGGAUGUUAGUCAGUUGUCACCAUUAACUGAUGAAGUUAUCAGCCGGCAAGCAACAAUAAACAUAGGUACUAUAGGACAUGUAGCGCAUGGAAAAUCUACUGUAGUGAAAGCAAUAUCUGGUGUUCAGACUGUAAGGUUUAAGAAUGAACUUGAAAGGAACAUCACAAUCAAAUUGGGUUAUGCAAAUGCUAAAAUUUACAAGUGUGAUUAUGAAAGUUGUCCUCGCCCUGCAUGUUAUAAAUCAGCCCGAAGUAGCAAAGAAGAUGAUUUCCCAUGUGAUAGGCUUGGUUGUACUGGACGAUUUAGACUCUUAAGGUUUUGACAUUUUUAUUUUAGCAAAAAUUA